CUUCCUUCCAAUGUGUUUCUCCGGACGUUGGCUGACAUCGAUAACCGUCUCUCGGAAGGACCAGAUGCCUGACUACAUAUAAACUAAGACAGAAAGGUCCAAAGUCCACAUUUCUCACCCCCAAUUAGCUCUGAGCCGACGUUUUUCCGCAACCCUUCGAUGACUUCACGAUACGUACGAUGGAAUGCGCACACACGCGUUAGCCUUGGGUUGUGGGCGCUGGCGGACUUUGCGUGUGCGAAUCUGUUCGGUUGAGCGAGCCACAAGGGCUCAGGGUGCAACCAGAUCAUUGCGCGUCAAAAACACGAGGCAACGUGUGAUUUCGUCCUUUCCUAAAUCUCUUGACCGGCCCUAUCGGGACGAGUUCCCCCAAACUUGGUUCCCCGGUGUGGGCCCCGAGCCAAUAGCUGCGGCGCGUUAUAUCUUGUCCACGACUGCGAAUUGCUGUCCCUCCAGUAUCGCACCACUUCGCUCUCUCUCAAUCCCAGCGACUGGAUGCAGGCUUCAUACUCGACAGGGACUUCAGUCAAGAUCCACCAGGCCAUUCGUAUCGAAUGGGCAUCUUUCCAGGCAUGGCUGGCUGAAGAGCGACUGAGGUUGAAGCAGCGCGAACACCAUGUUCUCCUCGUAUCCCAACGCAAACGGGGGAAGGCUCGGCUGGGAGAGAAGGAGGAGCUUGCGGCAUUACACCAGGAAUUUGUUGAGAAGGCGCGCAAGGAAUGGUUGGCGCGCGUCGCUCGCAGUGAGCUGCACAUGGAGCACUGGGUUAUGACUCCCGACGAGAAAGCAGUGGUGAAGCAGAGUUUAGGCUGGACACAGUCAGAGAUGAUGGAGGCCUAUGGAAGAGAGGUUGGAUCGAAAUAUCAGCGAGUCAAUCCGAACACGCUAGGCAUGAAGGAGGCAAGAGAAAAGGUUUCGGAGGACACGAGGGGUUUUGCGGCCAGGACCACGGAGUCCGCCGCGCCCGCAUACGCGAAUUGGGCAGCUGAACUUUCCAAGGCAGCAGGACCUUCAGGUGUACAGACUACCCCCCAUACGAUUCCUCGCUCGCUCAAGUCAGUUGAACCACCUCGCAUGCCGCUGUACUUUGUCGGCGCCAUACUUCAGGGCGGCGACCUAGAUGCUGUCGCUGCAUCACAUCUUGAAUCGCUCGCACUGCAGAAGAGCGAAGAAAAGAUUCGGGAAUAUUACGUUGAAGCCUGCGAGGCUGCGAUUCGCUUCCAGCGGACUCUGGCAACUAUCAAUCCGUCUCAGCGAGAGGCAUCGCAGGAUGAAUUUGAACGCCGCAUGCAGGAUCUUGCGCGAAAGAAGGAAAGAGAGUGGAAGGACAUGAUCGUCAAGGAAGUCAGGAAACAACAGGCUAUGGAACUGGAGAAGAGGGCUGCAGAGCUACGAGCUAGACGCCCGCCGUCUCGACCUGCCAAGACAGAGACACGGCCACGAGAAAGUGAUUGGGAUUAUGUCGAAGAAUACCCCAAUCCUCGCAGCCACAGGCCGAGUGCAGCGCCAGGUGCCGAGGCUGCUCUGACUCAGCAGCGUCUGGAGGAGUAUUGGAAACGGCAGCACCAGAUGCUAGGGGAAGCGCAGUGGCAGACGAGCUCCUCUCCGCAACCACAGCCCCAGUCCCAGCAGCCUCGGCGGAAGCAGUACGCAAACACCGGCGGACCACGAUGGCUCCGUCUUUUCGCCCACUAUCCAAUACGUUCCACUGGAAUUGGACCCCAGACGAGGCAUCUUGAGCACUCUGGCGCGCUGGAUCACGCGCCCAAAGCGAUCGGCGACGAUAUCGUCAUUCGACUGGAGAGAGGCUGGCCAGAGAAUAACGCCAACAUCGACAUCCAGAAACGAACUCCGCGAAAGCUCCAGAAGCGCAGGACCAACGAAUCGACGACGUCUGCGCCGGCCGCACCUGGAACCGUCCCAAGUCCAGAAGGUGGACGAGAACGAGAACGAGAACGAGAACGAGAGCUCCGAAGAAGAGUUUCCGAUGCGAGGCCGGCAGCCGAUCAAACAACAGCACAAGAGACCCGUACAGAGGUCCCUGCCUCCCGCCUCACGGAAACGGAGGCAAGCCCCAAUCGGUCACGGCCGGCCGCUGAACGGAUGAGCGUCAAAGCUGAUGCGCCUGUGGAUACUCCAAGUGCAAAAUCACAUUUGCAAGAGAAUCCCAGCCAUGGCAAGGACCCCAAGAAAGAGAAGGUGGCCAGUCGUCGCGCCAGGCAGAUGCCCCGGCCUCCCCCCCGUUCCAAGUUUCCAAUGCACUCCUCACGGUUUUAUGAGGGUUUCAGUUCACGCGCAACAUCAAUUGCUGUCUCCAAUGAUGCAAAAGAACAUACCCUUUCCGCUGCAUCGGCACAACUCCACCUCUCACUCUAUCAUCCCAGUCUCGUGUCGCUCUUCUCGACCUUCUCCACUCCCGACGCGUUAUUUUUCGUGCUCGAACUAUGCGCUGCAGGCAGUCUUGAGAAGUACCUGCAGCGAGGGCCGCUUGCGGAAGAUGAGUUGCGCGGGGUGGUGAAAAGCCUGGCCGAUGGGUUGGUGUAUCUCCACAAACAAGGCAUCGUGCACCGGAACAUAAGCCCCUCGAAGAUCCUGCUGACUUCGGAAGGUCGUGUGAACCCAAGACGACGGUUUCACAUCUCUGAUUUGAUACUCCACUCGUUUCUGGACAUAGAACUUCCCGUCAAGCUCUUGCGGUUCUUGGCAACUGCAAAUAGUCUCAUCAGCAAACACGCUUUAUUUGAAACGAGCGCUGCGAACAAGCCCCCUGCUAUCUCUGUCGGUAAACAACAAUCUCUUCAACCACGUCACUUCUCUGGACCAAGCAAGCUGUCGGAUGGAGCCAAGUUUCUCUACACGGGUGCCGGCAUAUCUAGAAGAAUCGUUUCUGAUCCGCAUCCGACGAUAUCUCGGGGACAGCAAAAGUACCCCGCUUGGCUUUCUGCAAAGGCGCCGCUGAAGGAAAGCAAUCAACCUCAAGUGGAAGUGAAGAGAAGUCUCGCUGAGACUGGUGAUAGUCUACCUGUUGGGACGACACGGCCAAAGCCGUUCACGACCGCUCUGAUGUCGACGGAGUCGCACAAGACUGUUCAAGGAACUCUGACUGUACUCGCUUCGCGCUCGCUACUGGUUGAUUUACGUGUCGGAGAGAGGCGGCGGGGACAAAAAGGCGUUGAGGUCAUGCUUGUCGAUCCGAGCGGGACACGGACUUGCUUCGUGGCAGAUCGAGAUCUACGCGGCACCGCACCUGAGUGCUCCGUGCUGUCUAGCCGAACCGAGCAGGAAGCACACGCUGGAAACGCUCCCGACGUGCUACUGGAAGACAUACAACGACGCUGCGAUCCUGGUACAGCGCAUCAAACAGCGGACGUCCCGGGUGGAUAUGGUUCGCUCAGCUCACUUGCUACAUUCGUUCAAGUUGUUGUUCAGCUGACCUUGCACACUGACGCUGCCAAAUGCGUUCUGAUGGCCAACGAUCCUCAAGCAGACAUCGAACUCUUGCUCCCGGCCACAGGGCCGCCGAAGCUGCGCAUGCGAGUCUCCAGACAAGACGCGUCGGCUGAGAUCGCGACGCAUCGCAUCUCGGAAGAUGGCGGUGAAGAAUGGACCAAGAAAGUGCUCAAGAUCCCCGACAUCAAUGGUGCUCCGUGUAUUCUACCGGCGGAAUGUGAAGCUCUAGGCGCAAACGAGCAAGCCGCUGUCGACGAACUGGAACGCUUCUUGAGUCUGUGCCGCUUUCUGGAGAGCCCCGCAGCUCCACCCCCGAAUUCAAGUUGCACCGCCUCUAGUUUUCCGCAAAUCCACAUCAGCCCGCGUCCGCCGAAAUUCGCGACCUCUGUCGAAUGCGAUCUGGCUAGCGUAGAGGGGAUCCAUUCGUCUGUCACGUGGUGCGAGGAGGCAAGCAGUGAGACCAGAUUUCGUGCAGGAGUGGGCUGGUGUUUGCGCCAGAAAUCCAAGUACAAAAUCAUGUUCUUCGAUGGAGCGGUGCUGGAAGUGGACGUUGACCAGGAAUGCGCCAAGUUGACCGUUGGUGGUCAGACGACGAAACACACUCUCCGCCGACUGGGUCCCAUCGCUGACAGAAUAAAAGUGUUUGCAGACUUUGUUGACAUGUACGAUAAUAGUGCAGAUCAAGUUGGGGUAUCACUGUCCCCUGGCGGUGAUGUUACAGGUCCCGCCAGAGCCAGCCUGAGCGGGCUCUCACAGACUUAA